UGUCAGUGUGAAGCGGCUCUGUGCAGGAGUUGGAGGCGCCGCUGCACGGACAUCACAGUGGACAGAGGGGGGAUGACAUGCAGUGUUAAGGACUAAAUCUUAAUGGUACACACUUCACCAGGUGGGCUACAGCAUCUGAAAGUCUGACUGGUGUUAUGAUUUUCCUGUGGCUACACUCUUGUGCUAGUGGUGUGUGUAGUGUGCAAGAGUCGCUGACCCACCCUGUCGUCGUGGAAAUGUGAAUGGUGGUUAAGUCUUCAAGAAACUGAAAGACAUUCGGUUACCUUCAACUCCAAAGAGAUCCUUCAAAGAUCCUGAAAGAUGACAGAAAUGGAUAACUGCCAUAAAACGAGCUAGAAGAAAACAGAGCGAUGGGAACCAGCAGGAAACAGAUUCUGUAGUGAUCAUUUCAUAUCAGGUACAGAAUCCAACACUUCCUCACUUUAAGAUCUUGUUUAUUUUACUGCUUUUAUUAAGAUUUCUGUUUUCAUAAAAGUCGUUUCAGACCUGUGUAUUGUGGUGUGGAUUUUGUGGAGCUAACUUGUUGGACGAGGUAAAGUCAGUCAGGUUGUAGAUGUCUGCAGGUCUGGAAUGUUGUAAGGCUCAGUGAUGUUUAAUCUGUCGACUUCUGCAGUAUCGUUCAGUUGUUCAGGCUUUUCCUGCCAACGUGGCGGUGUAAACAAACUGAAUCACAUGACGCCUGGAGCUCUGGAGAACCACUGGUUCAGUUUGUCUGUUCUGGGCCACUGUAGAAACAUGGCGGCAUCUGAUUGUAAGUGAACGAAAACACAACUAAUCAGUUUCAGGUGAUUAUACACUGAUAAAAACAGACUUCUGUAUUUUAUGUUCCAUUUCUGAUCCCUGUCAAUGUUUCACACUGGACCUUGAAAAUAAGGAAAAACAAUCUUAUUGUUUUACAUCUCUGUGGUCAUUUUUAUAUCUUGUGUCAGAGUUACGUUUUAUAAUUAUUUAUAAAUUAUAAUUAUAAAUUAUAAAUUAUUUUUCUUUUUAGACCAAUUUCCCAGAAACAAGUCUUUUUAAAUUUUUUUGUGGCGGAUGAAGGAGAAACCAGAGGAGAGGAGGCAGCAGGCUAAACUGCCUGUGGAUGUGUGAGGAGGUGCACGUCCUCCUCUUCCUCCUCCUCCUCCUCCUCCUCGGUUUUUUAUGAAUGAGAUUUCAGCACACACACAGAGUGAUGUCAGGAAUGAGCCCAUCCCCCACCGCUGCGGGAAAAACCUCACGAUCAGAGAGAGAGAGAAGCUUCCUCAUGGUUCCCAUGUCUCUCUCUCCCUCCCUCUCUCCCCCACCCAUCUCACCCUGAGAAAGAAAGAGAGAGAGAGAGGGAGAGAGAGAAACCCCACCUCUCCUCCCUCCCCAUCCCUUCAUCCCCCCCUUCUUCACGAUCUGGAGGAUGAGUAAUCCAUCAAGGGAGGGAGGGGGGACGAGAGAGGUAGUGGAAGAAUGGGAGAGAGAGAGUGGGAGGGAGGGAUAGCAACGCAGCAUCAGCAUCAUCAUCAUCAGUGAACGUGCAGAACGAGAGGAUGAAAAUUCAAAACCUUCCAGCUCCUCUUUCACUGCUGAGCUCAGUCACACGGGGGGAUGGCUAAUUCCUGAAUUCUCACUGGUUGGCAACAUAGGAAGGAACAACACAUUUUGGGAUUAUAAAUUCAUAUCUACUGGACAUGGCUAAUCACUGGAGUCCAGAAAGAUAAAGAGAAAAACGCAGAAGAGUGAAGGUUUGCAUUUCUGAACAGUUCACUCACAUGUGGAGUGUAACUGACUAAUCCCUGGAAGAGCUGGAGAACAGGCAGGCUUCAUGGCUUGUUUAACUGGAUGGUACCGGCCUAAUUCUUGGAUAGGAGUUGACUGAGUCAUCCUUUGGAUUGUGGGGGCAGUCUUCCUCCUGAACAACAAGCCUCCUCUUUGGAUAUUAAACACAUCCGUGCCACACCUCCACAUGUGGUGUUUCAGAGGCAGAGGAUCUGGCUAAUACCUGGAAUCCUUGAGUCCCUGACUGCCCUUCAUACAGCAUCCCACUACCUGGACGUUUUCUAUAUCAAAAGUCCACCAACAGCCUCCUCCUGGGACCGGGUUAAUCUCUGGAUCAGUGUGUCUGGCAUGUUCUGCUUCUGCCUGCAGAGUUCCCUGCUGAAGCUCCAGGCGCUGGAGGUGGAGGGGGGGCCCUCGCUGGGUCCAUCCCCAGAGGAGAACCCACCUGCCCUGGGCAGCAAGGAGCAGAAGAGCCCCUGUGGCCCCGCCGAGCUCGGAGAGAAGGAGGGGAAGACGUUGGCUCUGUGCCACAGCGUCCCCACGGAUGAGAACAGCCCACCAGAGCUGCUGACGGUCCUGACCAGACCUCCUCAGUCUCCCAGACACCAGCCGUUAGCCACCAUCCACCCCAGCCAGCAGCCCCUGACUCCUGAAGGAGCGCUGCCCCUGAGCCCUCACCACUCACCCUACUCCCCACAGAGGAGCAGCCCCGGAGGGGAGGGAGGAGGAGGAGGAGGAGGAGGAGGAGGAGGAGGAGAAGGAGGAGGCGGAGCUCUGCUCCAGCUGCUGGCUGGUGGCCCCAGCCCCCUCCCCUCCCCCCGAUGCUCCAGCCUCAGCCAUAGCCUGAGGUUCAACUCCGACCCCGACACUGCACCUUCACCGCCCUGCAGUCAGCAGUACAUACUGUCUCGGGGUCGGGGGGACAGGACAGAGGGAUCGGAGGAUGAGUGUCCCCCCUCCAUCCCCUUCCUCACCCGUCAGAUUCAGACCCUGAAGAGGAAGGUUCGCAGGUUUGAGGACCAGUUUGAGCAGGAGAUGAACUACAAGCCGUCUCACAACGAUAAAUAUUCAAACCCAGAGAUGGUCAGAGUGAUGAGUGAACUGGCAAAGGCUCGCAAAGAGCUCAAAGAGCUGAGACUCAGACAGUCGUUGUUUGAGUCGAAGGAGCAGGACGGUGCAGGAAGCAUCUGCAGGUACAGCUCUGGGCAGCAGGGGGCGGCGGAGCACAAACCAACCCUGGAGGAAACGGUGGAGUCUCUGUUCAGACGACUGAGGGAGAAAAGACAAGCUCUGGGUCUCCCCGACAACAUGAAGGAGAUGACUCAGGCUCAGAUGGUGUUGGAGAAGAUCACUCUGCAGAAAUGUCUGCUGUACUUUGAGAGUCUGCACGGUCGACCGGGAACCAAACAGGAGAGGAACCUGGUGAAGCCUCUGUACGACAGAUACCAGAUGAUCAAACGUUUGCUGUGUGCCAGUCCGACCAUCACCACCAUCGAGGAAGAGGACGGAUCUGAUGAAGACUCAAUGAGUUCGAUCACGGUGGAUGAACCUCCUGUGCCGCCUCCUCGCAGAGCGACCCGACCAGCAGCCGCCGAGGAGGACAGCGACCGGGACAGCGACCCAGCCUUCGUGUCCCCGAUCGACGAGGUGAAAGGCGUUCGUCAACAGCCUGCCCUGACCACAGCCAACCUGCACGAAGCCUCCAGGUCUCAGCUGCUGGAGAGUCUCCGUGAGACGAGAGCAGAGAAGAAGAGCAGGCGUAAAGCUCUGAGAGAGUUUGAGGACCAGUUUUAUCGUCAGACUGGAAGAAUCUGUCAAAAAGAGGAUCGCACUCUAAUGAAAGAAGAAUACCAGGAAUACAAACAGCUGAAAGCUAAACUCCGGCUGCUGGAGGUCCUCCUCAGCAAACAGGACGUCACCAAGGCUAUAUUUCCUCCAAGUGUCAGCACUUCAUCCAUGACAUCGUCUAUGAUCGCCGAGACGACGUCUUCGAUCGGAGAGACAUUGUUGAGGAUGAGGGAGACAUUGUCCACGAUCAGAGACAUUGUCCAUGACUCGUGGUGACCUGGUCCCCGAUAAGUCGGCAUUGCCGGCGUUCAGAGAGACAUUGUCGAUGAUCGCAGAGACUUUGUCCAUAAUCUCAGAGACAUUGUCCGCGAUCGCAGAGACGUCGUCCAUGAUCGGAGAGAGUCUACGUGCAAUGAAGAAGUUCUUUGAGAGCAGGACAGAGGCCUCAAGCUGUCAGCACUUCGUCCAUGACAUCGUCUCGAGACGUCGUCCUCGAUCGGAGAGACAUUGUUGAGGAUGAGGGAGACAUCGUCCGUGAUCGGAGACAUUGUCCAUGACUCGUGGUGACUUGGUCCCCGAUAAGUCGG